AUGAAUUUGCAAGUUGAGACAGGCAUUCAGCUUAUACAUGGUGUGCCAUUGGGAGAAAACCAUAUGCGUGUGACAGUUAUUCGGGCGAUUGAAGGUGAUGCCUUUGUACCGAUUCCAGUGAGAGAUGAGAUUUUGACUGUCGAUGAUGCAGUUGGGAGUUGUGUUGCCUGGCCUAAGGACUUGGUUGUUACCCUUGCAGCAAAGGCUGCUAUUGCAGCAACUCAUGUGAAGAAACCAAGGCGUGGUUAUGGCAGGAAAAAACCAGGUCUCCCCGAUGAGAAUGAUAAAGACCUGGAACAUUUGCCCCCAAAUCUGCCACAUGAUUUGAAGGACUUGUGCACUUGGGCGAACAAAUACCUUACGGGAGGGAAGACAAUCAAUACCAUAUUUGUCUGUGAGCUUUUUGGCCGUCCAAAGAAAGCAGCUAUCUUCAGAAGUGAUGUUUACAAAAUAGCCCAUUUAAAAGAAGUAUCGAACGGAGCCAUUCUGUUCUACAUGAGCUACUUGCACAGAGUGAUGAAGAAAAAUAAGAUGGAGGAUAUGUUUCAGUUUGUCGACUGUGAUCUUAUCAGUGCAAUUGGGAGUGGAAUUCCCACAGCGAGGUCUCACGAUCUCUCUGUUAUUUACAGCAAGGGCAAGCCUGGGCAGAUCUUUUUGAUUCCAUAUAACACUGGGUAUGUAAAUGUUUUAAGUAGAGCAUGUGGUUUGCAAAUGUUUUAA